GCUCUGAAUGGGCUGCGUGACAGAUGACAGCAGUGGAGGAGAGCGUGCUGCAGACCUGGAAGACCAGCCUGGAUGCCUCCGACCCGGAGCUGCACUACGAGGAGGAGGAGGAGACGGAGGAGGCAGAGCUCUCUGACACCAGCAGCAUCCUCUCCGACGACUCCGUCUACCCCUGCUACGAGCCCGCCCCGGACGCGGAUGGUGGGCAGGUGCUCACCUUCUACCAGUGCUGUGCCAGGAACAACGCCAAGCUGCUGCAGGAGACGCUGGCGCGUGGGGUGAGCCGGGAGGAGGUCACGGAGCUGGAUAUCAACGGGAGGAAUGGGCUCAUGGUGGCCUGCUUCAAGGGCUUCAUGGACAUUGUGACCCUGCUGAGCAAAUGCCCCUACGUAGACAUCAAUCACCAGGAUAACGACGGGAACACGGCCCUCAUGAUCGCUGCUCAAGCAGGACACGUCACGGUAGUUAACUAUCUCCUGAACUACUACCCCAUGGUGGAGAUCGAGAAGCGGGAUGUACGGGGCCUGACGGCGCUCAUGAAGGCGGCAGUGCAGGGGCGGAAGGAGUGCGUCACCGCACUGCUCCUGGCAGGAGCUGACCUGACAGCGGUGGAUCCUGUCCGGAGGAAGACAGCCCGGGAGUGGGCAGGUCUGACUGGGCGCUUCGAGACCAUUGUGCAGAUCCGGAGCAUCCUGCAGCGGCCCCGAGCCGAGCAGUUCAGUGACCAGUACCAGCCCGAGUGGCCGGCACUGCCCGAGUUGGUGGCCAAGGCACUGGCCACUAAAUCCAGGUGCAAGAGGCUGUUGGAGAAGAUCUGCUCCACCUUCAGCAUCAACCUCCCGCAUGACCCCGAGGCGGACGGGGUGAUGGACCACAUGGUCCGGAUGACCACAUGCCUGGCCAGCCCCUUUGUGGCUACGGCCUGCCAAACCAUUUGCCCCGGGAGCCCCCCCGAGGUGGGCAAGCGGAGGCUGUCAGUGCCGGAGAUCCUCAAGGAGUACACGCCGGAUCCUGAUGCCAAGUCCGAGCCCGACUCAUCCUCCUGCAACGGCCAGGCUGGGUCAGAGACCCGCGUCCUGGUCCCGUACCGGAGCCCCUCCGGCAUGCUGAGCUUCCUCCCCCUGCGGCUACUGCGCAGGAACAGCGUCUUCCCCGGGGGCCACAUCCCCAAAAUCAAACUGGUCAAGGCCACCUUCCCCCCGGCCUGCCAGGAGAAGCCGCCGCGGUCGCGGAAAAACAAGAACACGCUGGAGCUGCCCAAGUGGAAGUACAAGGAGCUGAAGGAGGAGAAGAAGAAAGCGGCUGAGGCGGAGGAGAAGCAGAAGGAGACGACGAUGAAAACGAAGACGAGCAAAGGGAAGAAGUCAUAGGGGAGGGGGGUGCUCCUAGGAUGGCAGCUGGCCAUGGGGGUCAGGCCCCAGGGACGCCUCCAGGACACGCUCGCCCUGUCUGCUGUUUGGGG